AUACAUACUGGAAAAUCACAACAUUCCUUUUUUCUUUUUCCCGUUUCCUAAUUUUGUCAAAGAAAAACGUGAAUACUUGAAAAAUCUCUCACAGUGGGUGCGUGUUUUUGGUGUACGGAACAAAAAUGGCGUCAUCUAGAGAUCAAAUGGAGAAGAUGAAGUCACGUCAGAAUUAUCGGAAUCAUUGGCACACUGAUCUUAUGCGAACCACUGAGACUGAUCCUCUUUAUUGCUGUUUCUCGCUUUGGUGCGCUCCAUGUGCAUCAUAUCUCCUCCGCAAACGAGCUCUGUACAAUGAUAUGUCUAGAUAUACAUGUUGUGGAGGCUAUAUGCCUUGUAGCGGCAGAUGUGGAGAAAGCCAUUGCCCUGAAUUUUGUCUUUGCACGGAGGUUUUUCUUUGCUUUGGAAAUUCUGUUGCUUCAACACGUUUUAUGUUGCAAGAUGAGUUCAAUCUGCAGACAACAAAAUGUGAUAAUUGCAUAAUAGGAUUCAUGUUUUGCCUUCAGCAGUUAGCAUGCAUAUGUAGCAUUAUUGCUUGUCUUACUGGAAGUGAAGAAAUUCAAGAUGCUUCUCAGCUUCUGAACUGCUUGUCGGACAUUGUUUACUGCACGGUUUGUAGCUGUAUGCAGACACAGCACAAGGUUGAAAUGGAUAAAAGAGAUGGAAAAUUUGGACCACGCCCAAUGUCAGUGCCACCUGUGCAACAAAUGUCUCGGUUAGAUCAGCCCGGUCCCCCUUCAGUUGGAUAUCCACCAAUGCAGCAACCUCAUGGAUACCCCCCACAACCCCAUGGUUAUCCACCACAACAACAACAGCUUCCCGGUUACCCACCACCUCAGCAGCAGCCUCAGGGUUAUCCACCACCACAGCAGCAGCCUCAAGGUUAUUCACCACCACAGCAGCAGCCUCAGGGUUACCCAUCACCACAGCAGCAGCCUCAGGGUUACCCACCAUCCAACUAUCCCCCACCUGGUGCUGGAUAUCCCAGAUCUGAUUAUCUUCAAUGAGUUGGAACUUUCUUUUUCUGGCAGCAAAAUCCUUUGAUCUCUACUUGAAUUUAGUACGGUGCUUUUAGACUAUUCUUCAUUUCUUACCUUGUAGAUUAUGGUAGGUCAGAUAAUAAUUGAGUUGUGUUAUACUUAACUUAAAGUGGAUGACUCAUUGUAUGUGGAGUGAUCAUUCAAUAUUAAGAAUUUAUGCAGCACACCAACAUUUGAAACAAUUCCAUGCUUCACCCUGAGAUAAAGAAGGUAGGUUUGACUCCAGUCUUAGACCCAAUCUUGGCUAUACCCGUCAACGAUGUGAAUGGGAAGUAUUUUGUUGUAUAUAUCACUGGAUUGCAUAUCAAUCUCGUGAAGAAAAAUUCUCAAAGCAACUUUAACAUAUGAACAAAGUAUUCUCUAGCAGCCAAUUAGAGUUUAUGAUUAAUUAAUAUAUGUAGUGUUGUUACUA